AUGGUCAAAUUCUACUCUUCCAACGAGACUUACUCGUACCCUUUCCCUGCCGUCUCACUCGCCUACUUCCUCCGCUACCCGAAUCCUUACUCCACUCACGUGCUUUCCACCGACACCAUCGCCCGUCACUACGAUGCCGAGACCCAGCGCCUAACAACCAUUCGCCUCCAUUUAAAACGCUCAAAGCUUCCCUCCGCUGUCCUCAAGCUUGUACCACGGUCUCUACUUGGCGCCUCGGCUGGCGGAGAAUCGCAGACUUACAUUCUUGAAAAGUCAGUUGUAGAUAUCAAGGAAGGAUGGAUGGACACUGAGUCACGGAACCUCGAAUGGACGGGUGUCCUAUCUGUUGUAGAGAGGCAGAAGUUCGUGCGUCCCUCGCCGUUAGUGUCUGAGGACAUGAAGAUGCGACAGGGCAUGGAGGGCACUGCACAUCGUCAUGGCUUCAUCAACUUUGGCGGCAAGGGGGCUGGUGCCAAAAUUGAAGAUUCCGGUGAGACUACCGACGUCACAAGCUCUGUCACACUACACAGUCACAUUGGCGAGACCUGGAAGAAGAAGCGUGAGGCCGCAAAGGAGGACGCUGUGGAGGACGAACAGCCACAAAAAAUGGGCUUCUUGCGAAGCUGGGGCACCGCGGCCCUGCAGCGCAACAUCGAGAAGAUCGGUCUCACGCGUGCGCAACGAAGCCAACCCAACGCGCGUGAAGGCAUGAAAGUCGUUUUGGAACGUAUGCGGGAAGGCGGCCUUGUUGGGGUACUGGAGGGCAUGCGACAAGACCGCGAAGCCAUCCUCGCCGGCCGCCCACUGGCGGCUCCAAGGGCAAUUAACAAGGACGAAUAA